AUGACGACCGCGGCAGCUUCAUCACCCGACCUCCCCCGUACUUUGCGUUCAAGUCCACGCAAGAGGGCGAAGUCUCCCGAACUGCAGGCCUCUUCACAGUCCUCAUCACAGUUGCAGAAACAGCAUUCAAGCAAAAAGCCUCGCAUCGACAUCGUCGACGAAUCGGAGCUCGAUUGCGCAGCCUGCCCAGGUGUCGGUCAACCAGCUCCGACUCCAGGCAAAGGCGCGGCGUCCGACCGCGAAACCUGGAUCUGCUGCACGCACUGCAAAACGUGGUUCCACUGCAUCUGUAUCGGUCUCGAGAAUCCUGAAGACUUUAGCAAGUGGUACUGCAAGCCGUGCAUCGCUCGCUCAGAAGAGGCCUUCCAGUCAGGCACCUGCUCUUCGCGCCCGCCAUUCGCCAACGUCGCCCGUCCGCCGCGUCGGAAAUCGGACCGCGCCAAGGUUGAGGUCGACUACGCCGCUAUCCAAGAAGGCAUCCCCGCCGAUCCUCUGGGCCGAUGGAAGAACUUCCUCAACACGUACGAGUUCGAGCCUGAUCAGUUCCGUAGGAUGGAAGGACGCGAGUGGACGCUCGAUUGGCUCCUCCAUGACGAGUCUGCCCUCAAGCAGCCAGUCCUCGUCCCUGCUCCAGACGAUGGCUCUUCACAGCUCCGAGACGACAACGUCAAGACCGAAGAUGAUGCGAGAUCGCUCGCACCUCGCAAGAAACCUGCAAAAACCAAGAAGCUGGCGCGAAACCGACUUGCACCACGAACCACUACGAUCCCCGGCAUGGUCGUUCCACCUGCUGACAUGACCAUCUUUGACGUCGCAGACAUCAUCGGACACGACACUCCCGUAGAGGUCAUCGACGUCGCCUCGCAAUCCUCCUCCAAAGCUUCGUGGACCAUCUCCGAAUGGGCCGAGUACUUUGACACGCCCAAGGAAAAGAAGAAAAAGACGCUCAACGUCAUCUCGCUCGAGGUCACGGGUACGCCGAUGCAAGCAUACGUCGAAGCGCCUCAGCUCGUUCGCGACCUCGACUGGGUGACGCGCGACUGGCCGCAGGAGCGCCGCGAUACGUCGUGCGCCGACAACAGCUGGCCCAAGGUGCAGCGCUACGUGCUCAUGGGUGUCGAAGGAGCCUACUCGGAUUGGCACAUCGACUUUGCGGGGAGCAGCGUCUACUACCACGUCAUCUGGGGACAAAAGACAUUCCUCUUUGCUCCCCCAACGCCGCGAAACUUGGCAGCUUACAAAGCGUGGUGCAGCAGCACACGUCAGGAUUUCGAUCGGCUUGGCGACCAUCUGCACAGCCUCAGCCGCGUCGACAUCCGCCCAGGCGAGACCAUGCUCAUUCCAUCCGGCUGGUUGCACUGUGUCUACACGCCCAAGAACACGCUUGUCGUCGGCGGCAACUUUCUCACCGACUGGAACGUCGCAACCCAGUGGAAGCUCGUCGAGAUCGAGGAGGCCACCAAAGUGCCCAAAAAGUUUCGCUUUCCGCACCUCAAGCGUCUCAGCUGGUUCGUAGCGAAAGGCUGGAACGAUCGACUCGAGCCGCUGGACGAGUUGCAGCCGCCGUCGAAAGAGGACGACGAGGCGCAGGAGGUUGCAGUGAAUGGACAUGGCGGAGGUGUGGCCGCCGGCUUGAUCGGGAUCGUGCCGCCAGCCAAGGUGCUCACUAACGUCGAGCUCGUCCAUCAAUCGCUCGUCGACGAUCUCGAGCUGAUCCAAGAUCCCUUCAUCGCCGAAAAUGGAGAUGAGAGGACAGUCAAGCAGCAGAAGGCAGCCCGUGAAGCUAUUCCCGCUCAGUAUGUGGGAACCCUGUCGAAAGCCGAGGCCAUGCUUGCAGCGCUGCGUCAACGCCUUGACGUGGCCAAGUCGCUGGCAGACGCAGUGCAGGAGGCGCGUGUUCGUGUAGCAAAGGGAAGUCAGAACGGCAGAAAGUCUCCAAGCGGAUCAGCGAUGAAGAGUCGCAAGGCGCGCAAAUAG